AAAGACAAGGGUAGGGGGAAGAAGGGACACAGUAUCAUUAAUUUUAUUUAUACCCAAAAGCGAAACGGUCCGACAAUAAAUAACAUCGUGGUAUUACUCAUUCGAUAAUUCAUUAUACUAGAAAUGGACUAUCGACGUCUUAUUAGAGGUUUUGCUUUAAUUUUUAGUCUUUUAAAUCAACUGGACCUAAUUCAAGCGCAAGCAAACAUUUAUAACAGAUAUGAAAUAACCCUUUUUGCAACGAGGAAAACUUUCGCUGAUGCUCGGACAGACUGCCAGAGAAGAAAUGGCGACUUGGUAAUUAUUGGAGAUGCCCAAACCCAAGCAUUCAUCGCACCUUUAUUGGAUUCAAGCAUUCCUGUUUGGGGAGGAAGUGAAUGGUACGUUGGUUACUGGAUGGGUGGUCAACGUCUAUCAAGAGAAAGUGUUUGGAAGUGGUUGAACGGAAGCACAUUACCGUUACCCAGCUCUACUAGUGGUUUAUACAAAAACUGGUUUGGUGUUGAACCUAAUGUACGUGCGAGCGAACAUGCAUGUGUAGCAAUGACACCUUACACUAAUACGGGUGGUUACGGAAAUACUAAAGGAGGUUGGGUGGAUGACGUUUGUACAAAUACGAAGUACUAUGUGUGUCAGAGAUCAGAUUUUUGUUCUCCAUCACCCUGUCAAAAUGGUGGAACAUGCAGCAGAGGAACAACAACAUAUUCUUGUUCAUGUGCGUCUGGAUACAGUGGAACAAACUGUGUGACAGAUUUAUGUGCUGCUGGAACUUGUCAAAAUGGUGGAACAUGCAACAGAUUAGCAAACGACUUUUCUUGCUCAUGUAUGCCUGGAUACAGUGGAACAAACUGUCAGAUUGAUUGGUGCAUCCCAUCACCUUGUCAAAAUGGUGGAAUAUGCAACAGAAUUACAAAUAGUUACACUUGCACAUGUAUGCCUGGAUUUAGUGGAAGAAACUGUCAGAUUGAUUUAUGUGCUACUGGAACUUGUCAAAAUGGUGGAACAUGCAACAGAUUAGCAAACGACUUUUCUUGCUCAUGUAUGCCUGGAUACAGUGGAAGAAACUGUCAGAUUGAUAUAUGCUCAACUGAUCCAUGUGCUAACAAUGGGAAUUGUAGUCGAAUUGUGGGUGGAUAUAAAUGUCAUUGUCAACCAGGUUACAUUGGAAGAAGAUGUCUUCAAGAUUUAUGUGUUGCUGGAACUUGUCAAAAUGGGGGAACAUGCAACAGAAUACCAAAGAAUUUCACUUGCUCAUGUAUGCCUGGAUACAGUGGCACAAACUGUCAGAUUGAUUUGUGCAUCCCAUCACCUUGUCAAAAUGGUGGAACAUGCAACAGAAUUACAAAUAGUUACACUUGCUCAUGUAUGCCUGGAUUUAGUGGAAGAAACUGUGAAACAGAUUUGUGCAUCCCACAACCUUGUCAAAAUAAAGGGACUUGCAACAGAGAACCACGGAAUUAUUCGUGCUCAUGCUUGCCUGGAUUUAAUGGACGAAACUGUACAACAGAGAGUUUUUAUGAUGGUGGCAAUGGAUGUUCAAUACAUAUUAAUAUUCUUCCAUCACAAGUGAAAUCAUAUGAAGAAGCCAGUAUAAAAUGCAAAUCGCUAAAAGCGGAGUUGGCCAUUCUUAAAGUAAAUGAAUCGCUUCCUAUUACAAAACAUUAUCAACAAUUUUGGACAAAUUCUACAUCUAUUUGGUUGGGAGGGAAACUCACAAACGCUUCUUGGAACUGGGCAGAUGGAAGUCAAAUAGCAGGUUAUAAUACCUCAGCAAUGAAUGGUGUUUGUUUAUCAACAAAUAUAAAUAGAAGUUGGUUUUCUGAGAACUGCACCAAACAACUUGGCUUUGCGUGUGAAAAACGUGGUGAUGGAGUAGGUUUAUGCACAUCAUCUAAGUGUAAAAAUGGUGGAUUGUGUUUUGAAAGUGGCUGCCAUUUCCAUUGCACUUGUCCAUCUGGACAUAGUGGUUCACUUUGUGUAAUAAGUAAUUCAACAGGAUUAAAUCCUCUUACUUACAUCAUACCAGUCAUAGUCGUUGCCAUUCUUCUCGUUGUUGCUACUGGAGUUUUCAUAAAACGAAGAUCAGGCAAAGUUCGAACACAAGCUACAGUUAAAUAUGUGGCGGAACCACAAAAUAACCAACCACCCCAAGCAAUAUAUGAAAACAAUGAUGCAUUAUAUGAGACAGUUUCUGAUCACCCUUCCAAUAAUGGUUCAAUUAUUUUGGAAAAAUUGCCCUCAAUGCUAAAGGAUUUGUUUGAUGACAACAGUGUUAUGUCCCUGAAAGAACAAUUUCAAAAACUUUUAGAGAGUUACACACGUCUACAAGGACUCAAAACAACAACUGCAUCAAUGCCGGAAAAUGAAACCAAAAAUCGUUUUAAGAACAUACUUCCUUAUGAACAUACCAGAGUUGUGCUUACUAAAGAUGAAGAUGGCGGUGAUUAUAUUAAUGCUAAUUAUAUUGAUUGUUUUAAUGUACCUGGGAAAUACAUUGCUACACAAGGACCUCUGCCUAAGACAGAGAAGGAUUUUUGGCGAAUGAUUUGGGAAACAGAAUCACAAGUUAUUGUGAUGUUAACCAACCCAUUUGAAAAAGGAAAGAAAAAAUGCCAAAAGUAUUGGCCUGAUUAUAACCAGCAGAAAAAAUAUCAAUCUUUUAACAUAACCUGUGUACAUGAGGAAGUACUGGGUUGCUACACCAGAAGAAGUUUAAUAAUAGCUUAUAACAAUAAUACACGAAAUAUUACGCAAUUCCACUACACCACUUGGCCCGAUCACAGUGUGCCUCUUACCACUUCAGGAUUGCAUAGAUUCAAGAAGGCUGUUUUGGAACAGCAGCAAGUAACCAAACAGAACAAGCCAAUUGUUGUACAUUGCAGUGAUGGAGCUGGACGUACAGGAACCUUCAUCGCUUUUGAUAGUUUGACAAUGGAGAUGCAGGAAAAAACUUGCAUCAAUGUAUUUGAAACUGUAAUAAACUUAAGAAAGCACAGGAUGGAUAUGGUUCAAAAUGUGAAACAGUACAUGCUGUUACACAAACUGGCAGCAGAAGUUUAUAUACUUAAGCAAACUGAUACUCCGCUUAUGGAUUUAGACAGAAAGAUUCGAGAUUUGGAAAGUGGGAAAGAGUCUGGUUUCACUGUUGAAAUGAAAAAGCUUGCAUCACUUCAAUUUGAAGAUCACCCAUGUACAUGCGCAAUAGACAGUGGUGACCGUGAUGUUGUUGUACCUUAUGACCACUCCAAGAUAAACGCAGGAGCAAUACCUUCAGCAAUGUAUUACAAUGCUUCAUAUGUUGAGACCUAUGGUUGUGCGGAUUCUAUUCUAAUUGCUGCCAAAGGACCAACAAACAGAACAGCCAUAAAUUUCUGGGGAGCAGUUUUAUCAAACAAAGUUCAUACUAUUGUUUCAUUGAGGUCUAUGGAUGAGGAGUUGAAACACCCUUGUUUUCCAACUGUGAAAAAGCCCAGCAUUCAGUUUGGUGAAAUCACAUUGUCUUUAGUUGAAUCCAAAGGCCCUAGCUGUGACUUGAAAGAACAAACAAUGAAAAUCCAUUAUGGCACAAACGAGAGCUUUGAGAUUGGAUUUUAUCACUUUUGUGGUUGGAUGCCAGAUACAGUUCCUGACUCAGGAAAUGAGGUAAUACACCUUAUCAAGAAAGCACAAGAUUCACAAAAACAAAGAAAUGGCAACAUUUUAGUAUAUUGCAAUGACGGUGUUGGGCGCACAGGAGCAUUCUUAUGCCUACUAAAUCUGACAGAAAGGGCAAAGCUGGAGGGAAAGGUUGAUGUUCUAAAAGAAGUAAAAGAUAUGAGAGAUAUGAGGAAAGGGAUGGUUAAUACAGAGCUGCUAUACAGAUAUGUGUAUUACUGCAUGGGAGAAUUUGCUGCAACAUUUGAUGUCUACUCAAACUUCAAGGGUUGAUAACAGUUUGUUAUAGAGUGAAACCAGUACUUCGAGUAUAACUGUGUUGUUUAUUCAACCGUUCUUUAAUAUUAAUGUAUAUAUUUCUUUAAGAUUGUGUUUCUCACUGUGGGUGGCUGUUUUUUUUAGAUCUACCAGUUAUUUAGUUUUGGAUAAGAAUAAGAAAAGCUUAGAAUAUAUUGAUUUAAGUUAGUUUUAUGAAUAAAUGAAUGAAAGAUAUUAAAUUAUUCUUGAAACACUGAUCUUAUAUUUCAUACAUCCUUUCUGAAAUGUGUAGUUAUGUAAUUUUAGAUCCAAUUUUUUAGGAUAUUUUUAUUUUUGAUGUAUAGCUAACAAUUUUUCCGUUAAGUGAUUUUAACAAAGACACAUAGGCAAGAUUGAUGACAGGUUUGAAUUUUGAACCUGUAACUUUCGGUGAGCAAGCUCAGUAACCAUUGUGCCACAGUUUAUAAGUUUUGAUGUUUAUUUUUUAUUCCUUGUUGUUUUAAUGUGUAUUGUCGCUCAGGUAUGUUAUUUAGAAAUGUUUUUUACAAUCAGUUGUUUAUAAAUAUGUAUAAUAUUUGCCCAUCCAGUGUUAUGACAAUUGAUAGCUGUUUAGUGAGUGUUACAAUCAUUUUCUAAUCAUAUUGUCUUUUGAUUUGUUCAAUUUUUUAAUUUUCGAUUUUGUAGAUGAUUCUUCUUUUGCUAUAUACUGUAGUUAUUAUUUAAAAUAAACACCUACGUGGUCUG